CCGAGGUCACCUCGAGUUGGUUGAGCAGGGAAGUCCAAAAUGCAUUCAACCGACGUGCACUUCAUUGUCUGCCUGGUGGCGUCAGCAUAUUUCCCGAAGUUCCGGCGAUGGAAGUGGCGUACGAGGCCUUCAAGCGACGCAUCGACAAAAACAAUACCCAGCUAUCAGAGGAUUUGACAGAAGAGAAAGUGUUCUUCAUUACGGCCUGCCUCUCAACUUGUGCCAGGACGCCGUCCGACAACCUUUUUGGCGGGGACUGCAACAAGGCCGUCAUGAACUUUGCACCGUUUGCCGAGGCCUUCAAAUGUCCCGCGGGUUCAAAGAUGAACCCGAAAAAGAAGUGCUCGUAUUACGACUGAUUUCGCGACACUUAUUGAUUUCGUGGCCAACGUCAAGUCUGCCAAGCUUAUCGCGAUUCAUAGCGUUCUUGGACAAAAUGUGCUAUUUCACGCUGCGCAGGUUUUUAAGACUGUGACGCUCCUGAAUUGCAUGGCUAAUUCGUUCCAUAUCUUUUUU